GGAAAUUGGCCCCACAGCUCGUAAAGUCCGUCCUCUUUGAGUCUCCUGCACGGAAGUGAGCGGUGUGCGCCGGAAGCGAAGACAGAGGCUGCCUCGUGGGCAAGCAGGCAGCAUGGGGCAGUCCGGGCGGUCCCGACAUCAGAAGCGCGCUCGUGCCCAGGCGCAGCUCCGCAACCUCGAGGCCUACGCCGCACAACCGCACUCGUUCGUGUUCACGCGAGGCCGAGCGGGUCGCAGUGUCCAGCAACUCAGCCUGGAUGUACGGCGGGUCAUGGAACCUCUCACCGCCACCCGUCUGCAGGUUCGAAAGAAGAACUCACUGAAGGACUGUGUGGCAGUGGCCGGCCCCCUGGGGGUCACACACUUUCUUAUUUUGAGCAAAACAGAUAACAGUGUAUACUUGAAGCUGAUGCGUCUCCCAGGAGGCCCCACUUUGACGUUCCAGAUCAACAAGUACACACUAAUACGGGACGUGGUCUCUUCCCUGCGUAGACACCGGAUGCAUGAGCAGCAGUUUAACCACCCGCCCCUCCUGGUGCUCAAUAGCUUCGGCCCCCAGGGCAUGCACGUCAAACUCAUGGCCACCAUGUUCCAGAACCUGUUCCCAUCCAUCAACGUGCACACGGUGAACCUGAACACCAUUAAGCGCUGCCUCCUCAUUAACCACAAUCCCGACAACCAAGAGCUGGACUUCCGACACUACAGCAUCAAGGUGGUCCCCGUGGGUGCAAGCCGGGGCAUGAAGAAACUCUUACAGGAGAAGUUCCCUAACAUGAGCCGACUGCAGGACAUCAGUGAGCUGCUGGCCACGGGUGCGGGGCUGUCAGAAAGUGAGGCGGAGCCAGACGGAGAACACAAUACCACAGAACUACCCCAGGCUGUGGCUGGCCGUGGCAACAUGCAGGCCCAGCAGAGUGCCAUACGACUUACAGAGAUUGGGCCCCGGAUGACACUGCAGCUCAUUAAGAUCCAGGAGGGUGUUGGGAACGGCAAUGUCCUCUUCCACAGUUUUGUACACAAGACCGAGGAGGAGCUGCAGGCCAUCCUGGCAGCGAAGGAAGAAAAGCUAAGACUGAAGGCGCAGCGUCAGAACCAGCAGGCUGAGAACUUGCAGCGCAAGAAGGAGCUGCGUGAAGCCCACAAGAAGAAGAGCCUGGCAGGCAUAAAGCGAGCCCGUGCAAGGGCUGAUGGUGACAGUGAUGCUGAGGACCCAGGAGCACCACCAGAGGCAGUGGGGGCAAGCCAGCCUGAAGAUGAAGAGGAUGAUGCCGAGUAUUUUCGCCAGGCUGUGGGCGAGGAACCUGAUGAAGACUUGUUCCCCACAGUGGCCAAGCGGAGACGGCAGGGGGCACCUCUGGGCAAGAAGCAUCGAAGGAAGGAGCAGAGGCCUGGAUUCCUCUUGGCAGUGGCCUGGCCCCCAGCUGUAGUCUUCUGUGCAGAUAGCAGUCAGCAACCUGUUCUAUGCACUAACACUGCCUCCUCUGGCUGCCUAUUUCUACCCUCCUCAAAACUGGAGCUUCAGCGAUGUGGCAUGCUGCCUGGAGCAAUUUGUCUCCACCUGCAAGAAACUGCCUCAACAGACUUGCGGUAAUGGCAAUCUUAACGCCUGUGUUAAGAACGGAGGAGAGCCAGCCAGAGGUCUUCAGAACCUACAGCUUGAUCCUGGCAGGCAUAGGUGGCUUCCUGCCCCUGCUGCUCACACUAAUGGCCUACAAUUUCCUGGGGCUUGUGCUACACAACCACGGCACGACCACAGCCCAGAAGCUGCAUGCUGCUGGUGACCAGCAGUGUGGCUCUCCAUGCCUGCUCUUAUGUGCCCUACCACCUCACACAAGUGCUGAAUGCAGAUGCCAAGUUGUGCUGGAUGGCUGGCUACCCCUGCUUCUCCAAUAAGAUGCAGGCUGAACAAGAGCUGGGGCCCUUCUUUGGAGACCUGACAACAUGCAUCCUUAUGCCCUUGGCCACAUGCUUGGCCCCUUGCUCUCCAUGGCCAGCUACAGCCACACACACCCCCAGCCCUCCAGAGGGAGACCCAUGAAAACAAGCAGGACACAGUGUAUUUAGAGUAUGUUUACUGGAAGCUUUCUGUCCCUGAGGAUCUGGACGACAGCAGCAGGUAGCAGAUGUCUUAUUAAUUCGUUGAUGGCCUGGAAAGAGGGAGGGAGGUGGUAAGGAUGCAGGUGGGGACUCAUGAUCCUGGACAUUAUCUGAGACUGUACUCACACACCAGGGAACCCCUGGCCUUGCCUGCUUAGGACCAAUAGCAUCAUGCCUGGCAAGGUGUUUCUCAGAGAAUAAAGGACCUUCCUUCAGACAGGUCUGGCAACCACAGAACUGAGCUAGGGAGAAUGUGGAAAGGGGUAGGAGGGUUCUUACUUGGCCCACUCGACAUUGAGGAUAAGAUGGUCGUAGCCAAAGCCAGACACCCCUGCAAUGGCACGUGCAGCAUCCUCCCGGCGGUGAAAGCUGAUAAAAGCAAAACCCUGUGGGCCAGGGACAUGGAGGUGGUUAAGAAGUGGGUCACGGGACCCUUUCUCUCCAGCUACUCACUCCUCAGCCCACCUCACCCACCUUUGACUGCCCAGUGGUCUUGUCCUUGGCCAAGUAGAUUCGGGAGAUGGAGCCAAAAGGCCGGAAGAGUUCCUGCAAGUCAGUCUCACGAGUGUCCUCAGACAGGUUAGUGACACGGAUGGUGGCAUUGUCGUCAGCUUUGUGGGCAGGGCAGGGCAGGGAGAGGUAGCAAUGAGAAGAUGCCAUAGCUGGACCCCAUGCCCACAAUGCAGGCGUAAUUACAGAGUAUCUAGUUAUCCACUUGCCACCCGGGUCUUCCUGCUCUCCUCACCUCUGCGGUUUGGCUGCAUAGACUCCCCACGGCGGCUGGCUCCGUCCCGGAGACUAGGGGGCACAUACUUCCCUGUCUUGUUCUGGGCAGCCUGCACGGGCUCCAGCUCUGGAAAGCAGCAGACAUAAGGAUUACUCAGCCCCAGACCCCAGGUGUGGACACCCAGACAUCUCCAGGAAGCUACCACCCUUCAACGUCUCUACGGACGGACGACGUGAGCAAAAUGAACAGCCACAGGACAUCCACAGCCCAGCACUGCAGAGCCCCACAAGCUAGAGCAUAGCAGCCUGGCAGCACCCAGACUAUAGGCACACAGUGAGACAGUGAGCAGUAAAGCUCUGUCCCAGUCACAGGACACCACAUUACAGCCAACUGAGCCCAGCACACGCAUGGGCGUGGCCUGAAUAGAUGUGCACAUACAUACAUAUAUACAUGCACAUCCAAAUUAGAGUCACACAUCAGAGUGACCAUGCCUGAAGCCACUCAAACUCAGCCAUAGGUAAUGUAGGGAAGGAGAACAGUGAGGCCCUCCCAGGUGCCCCACACCCACACCUCCUGGCAGUUUCUCCUUCUCCCCAGUAGACAGGCCCAGUUGCUCAGCCAGCUCCUUCUGCAUGGGUCCUAGUGUGUCCUUGUAGGGGCAACGGGUGGUCCAAUGGUCGCCCUUGCAAAUGCGGCAAGACACAAUCUUCUGGCCCUUGAGCUUGUUCAUUGGGUCCUCCUCCUCCUGACAGUUUAGGUCCUGGUGGGAAACAGGGGGGGACAGCUCAGAGGGGGCUGCCGUGUCCUGCCCACACCACCCCCGCUGCGUUUCUCAAGCUCCAGCUUCACCCUGCUCACCUCUUUGCUAGUGAUGAAUGUCAUGGAGACGUCAUCACUGACUGUAGUAGUGGCCACAUUGGGCCCCGGUGGGUCAAACUCUGAGUUGCCAAACUUCUUCCAAUUCUGGGCUCCCAAAAAACAAUGGGAAGAAGUGAGGAAAAGACAGGAAGAUCUUGCAGUGGGUACCCCAGACGGACAACCAUUCUGGGGCCUUGAAUCCUAUGAUCUAGUCUCCCUAGAGGCCUUCUGUGUGAUAACAGUGACAAUACGCAUUUCCUAAACUAGACACGGUGGUACACAACUGUCGCCCCAACACUUGCCUGGUGCAAACAGGAGAUCCUGAGCUGCAGGUCAUCCUCAGCUCAAAACCACAGGCUCAAAACCAGCCUGAGCUAUAUGAGGUCCUAUCUAAAUAAAUAAAUAAAACCGUGCUGGUGUGAUA